AUGCUGCCUUACCUCACCGCGCCAAACCUGGAUCUUCCAGUGCGGCCCUUGACUCAAGAUGCCUUUGCUGAGUUUGGCACCGUCGUCGAGAAUCCAGAGGGUGCGACUGGGAGGUCCCAACAGCUCAAGGUUGUCAAAGCAAAUCAAGGCUCAGCUUUGAAGUACAUCGACGUUUCGCAUGUUUCCAACUACUAUCAUCUGGCUCCUAGUGGCAAUCCUGCGAAGGCUGUCAUGAACAUGUUCGUUUGCUCGCCGCGCCAACUGCAAUCUACAAGCAGCGGUUCAGAUAUCACUCAGGACCGUCCAUCCAAAUUUCCUGUGCAGAUUCUGGAACGACACCCGUUCACGCCUCAAACCUUUAUUCCUCUUGGUCUUGCGGCCGUAGAUGCGACAACGGCGUACCUUGUUAUCGUCGCCCCUACAUGCAAAACGACGGACAAGCCAUUACCCUAUCCCCAACAUGCCCCGAAACAACAACGGAGCUGGACCGAAAUUUUCUCCAGGGCUCAACCAAGUCCGGUAGACAACUCUACUUCCUCGCCGGCGGCAUCUGGCCCUGAGCCCCAGCUUCCAAAAGGUCCGGGCGAGCCAGAUCUCAGCCGUGCUUGCGCGUUUCUUGCCAAUGGUUCGCAAGCUGUCACCUAUGGUCCUGGUACAUGGCACGCGCCAAUGGUUGUGCUUGGCGCGAAAGCUAUUGGUUUUGUAGUGAUACAAUAUGCCAAUGACGUUGGUUUGGAAGACUGUCAAGAGAUGGAAAUCAGGACAGAAACCGGAUCAGAAGGACUCAAUGUUGUCAUUGACAAUGCUCGACUCAGUCCCAAGUUGCAAGAGAAGGCCAAACUUUGA